AUGCGUUACACCCAGCUUGUCCUUUCUCUCCUCUUCACGUUUGCCAUUGCCCUGCCCGGGCCGGUACAGUUAGACGCCGUGGCCCCAGACCACUUCAGCGGAACUGUGUCUAAGGUGGCAGCUGUUGAUUGUAACAAUGCCAAGUUGUUGGCCGAGGGUAUCGAUAAGAACAUCGCGGCUCAAAAGCAGGAGCAGGCUGAUGUCGCCGCUGUGAAGGAUGUUGUCAACAAAGACAACGUUAACGCAGCCCAGUUCGACGAAGCGAAAAAGAAAUUCCUCAACACCAUCCAGAGUGGCAUUGAUAUUCGCAAAAAUAAUCAGCAAAUUGCGGGUGCGAAUAAUGCUGCCUCUGCAGGCUUGGCCAAGGUCGCCAAUGCCCAAGCCAAGGAGUUGUCUCAGGCACAGAGCCUGAAAGGAAGCAAAGCCGAUUUGGACACCAUUGGCCAGCUGGAGACCGCCUUCGCCGGAGGGAUCAAGCAGAACGAGCAGAACAAGGAGGAUGCUCUGAAGGGCUGUUAA